GUUUUCGUUGUCAAAUAUCAAUUGACACUAUUGUGCGGCAAUUUUUCUGUGUGGUAAACAAUGGUUAAGAAGUUAAAAACGCCCAAAUCUGUUCUUUGAACGUUAAAUAAAUGUUAUCUAUUUUAAACCACUAAAACCGUUUGGAGAAAUUUAAUUUGUAAUUAAACAAUGGCUUAAUGUUUGACUAUAGUUUAAAAUCGUAAACGGUUUUGGUGAAACUGUCCUUAAGCAACCUGGCUUAUAUUUUAUAUAAGACUGACAUUUCAUAUUUAAAUAAAAGUAAUUAGUGCUUUUUCUAAUAUCUUGAGUUGAGAAAAAAAUAUAUUCCCAUUUCAGAGGUUUGUUCUCUUGCAUAGUACUCACUUGUUUUGUUAGUAGAGCUGCCUUCUGCUGAAAAUGGCGAGAAGGCGAUGUAUCAUGCGAUGUUUCAACCUUACACGUAUUCACAUCUGACGGGGCACCAUAACCUACAGCAGCAGAAUACGAUUGACUGUCACAACAUUCAUCACAACAUCUUCGGCAGCAGUUCUUUGCCGACAAUAGACUUUGUGCACUUGGUGGCCAUUAAAAUGCCACCCAUACGCAACCGAAGCUUCGAGAACCAGAGCCAAGAGACAAGGGGCAGCUGGAGGGACCGGGGCAGCAACUUUAACUGCAGUGUGCCCCCCUUUAUGCCCCCGCCAAGCCAUCCGGCAUUCCGGCAACACCACAACAACCAGGGCGGCAAGAAAAACAAUUUCUGGAACAACAAAAACAUGUCCAGGCCUCCGCGCUGCACAGUGCAGGACAGCGCCAUGACAGACACUUACAGCUCGGAUUCUGGGUUCUCGUCACGAUCGCCAACACCAAUAAACCACCACCAGGGCGACCAGUUCUCAACGGAAGAGAACGUGGAUUCCCCGGGUAGCAACUCCAUCAUCGAUGUAUCCAAAGGAAUCAAGCGCAGCACCGAGGUCCCCGCCAAGACAGGGUCCACCACGUUCGCAGCCGGGGGUGGAUGCCAGCUGGUGACGGUGCCCCCCCACCCUCCCCCACCACUGCCGCCACCCCAAACCUUCUACAGCCACCACCAGGUGGCGCCCACUCACGUCGUGUACGGCAUCCCCGUCUACGGCCAGCACCGGAACGGCGCCCACGACCACAUCUAUCCCGGCCCCAACAAGCGACGCUACCAGAAUGGGCGCCACUGGGCACCCUCCCUCUACCGGAGCCAGAUGCUGGAGAUCAAGGAUGUGCCGGGUGAUCUUAUCAAAGGUGGCGAAUGGGAUGCUCUGUCUGCAGAAGUGUGGAAGAAGUUCAUUACGAAUCAGCAAAGCAACGAAACAUACAGAAGAAAAAUCGGUCUCUGGAAAGGCCUCUUUUCUUUCAUAAAGAACAUGUUCCCGCGCUACGGCCUGUACCUAGUGGGCUCCACCAUCUCGGGGUUCGGCAGCAACAGGAGCGACGUGGACAUGUGUCUGCUGGUGCGGCACGCCGAGAUGGACCAGCGCAACGAGGCCGUCGUGCACCUCGAGCUGCUGCUCAAGUGCCUGCGCAGGCUGGAGUUCGUGAACAACCUGGAGCUGAUCCAAGCCAAAGUGCCCAUCCUGAAGUUCCGCGAUGCCCGCCAAGGCUUGGAGGUUGACUUGAACUGCAACAACGCAGUGGGCAUUCGCAACACACAUCUGCUCUACUGCUAUUCGCAGAUGGACUGGAGAGUGCGCCCACUCGUGCUGAUCGUCAAGCUGUGGGCGCAGCACCACGACAUCAACGAUGCCAAGAACAUGACCAUCUCCAGCUACUCGCUCGUGCUAAUGGUCAUACACUUCCUGCAGUGUGGGGUGACUCCCUCCGUGCUGCCGUGCCUGCACGACCUCUACCAGGGAAAGUUCUCGCCCCACUCGGAUGUGCAGCACAUCGACGUGCACGAGGUCAUCCCGCCCUACUUCACCCUCAACCGCCAGCCGCUCGGCCAGCUGCUGCUCGAGUUCCUGCAGUACUACGCCUCGUUCGAUUACAGCCUGUACGCGGUGUCGGUUCGGCUGGCUUCCCGGAUCCCUAUCGAGGACUGCCGGAGAGCCCGCACUUACAAGAACGACCCACACCAGUGGAAGUACCUGUGCAUAGAAGAGCCGUUCGAUCUCACCAACACUGCCAGAUCGGUGUACGACCGGGAUGUGUUCGAGAAAGUGAAGCAUGUGUUCGUCAAGUCAUUCAACCACCUGAAGAAGACGAAGAAACUGGAAAGUAUAUUUCGACUUGACGCAAUCGAUUGAACAUGGUUGGCAAGCCGAGAGUCUUGUGUGUAAAGUUGCGUGUUCUCGUUUGGGGAAGAAAAAAAGUGAUGCUGAAAAAUGAUUUGCUUUAUUUGAUGAGUGUAAUGGACUUAUUUCUGGCUUGGCUGAUUUGUGCUGAAAAUGUGGCAGGUUUGUGUCAUCUUAAAAACAGAGCAGUUGGAGAUGUGGUAGCCAGCCAAUGCCUGCAGAGGUUAACGAAACUAGUCACAUAUGCAUUAUGCUGUGAUCCAAGUUGACAGCUUUAAUAAAUGUCUAGAAAGAAGCAUUUAAUAACUUUUUUUGCUGCAAUAAUUAAAAACUGGUAUGAUAGUAGUUGUGUUAAAAUAUUUUUUAACUUUUUUAACACACAAAGAAAUUUUCCCAUUUUAAUAAUUGUUUUGUAAAUAUGUUUAAAAAAAAAUUAAAAAAAUUGAGAUAGCCAUUUUUUUUAAAUAUUUUGGCUAUCUCAGCAAAAAAAUAUAUAUAAUUUUGUGCUGGUAUACAGUAAUUAAAAUAUUGGGUCAUUAUUUUUUUUUUUUGUAUUUUUAUUUCUGUUAUUUAAAAAAUUUUCUGCCUCUGCAUUUAUAUUUUUAUUUUUUUAAUGGGAAAUCAUGUUAUUUUUUGACGUUUUCUGAUGGCAGAUUUAUGUGUGGUUUUGGUUAAAAUCCUGUAAAAAUUAAAUACCUCGUUGAUGCAUAUAUAUGGAUUUUUUUAUGUCGCUGGACAGAUCUUUAAUUUUAGAAGAAUUUUUCUUUGGUUUCAUUAUUUUAAUGAACAGCCCAUAAUUAGUAUUUGUAUCUUUGUUGUAUUACAUUUUUUUGUUAAAGUACCGCAGAAAUAAUUUUUGUAACCGUUAGCAAUAAAGAAACAACUUAAUUGAAGCAGUGGCUGAUCGUUGUCCAUGGAACCACUUAAAAUGAAAUUGGUUGUUUAGAGAGUUGCUUAUGAAGGGUUUUUGCGAUGGCGAUGAGAUCUGUGCUAUACAUUCCAUGGACUAGUUCAUAAUUUGUAGGCUUGUGGUGUGAUAGUGUGUGUGAGAGAUCAUAUGUAUGUUAUUUUAAUGGCCAAAAUAUUUGCUAUUUAUUGCUGAGUGAAAAAAAUAAUUUUACAGGUGACUAAAAGUAAGCAAUGCUCCUGAAAAAAAUAACCAUGAAAAUAGUUGAGAAUUUAAGGUUUUCCAUUAAGUUGGUAUGAUACUUUGAUAUCCAUGCAAGUACGUAAUUUAGUGCAAUAUUACAGUUCCAGGCCAUCUUUGUUAAUGAUAAGUUUCCUACAUGCAUGUUUUUUAUGUUUAAGUUCCCAACGUGUUUAAUUCUGUGCGUGUACCUUGUCCUUUGAGAUUUUUACUGUUGUAGAAAAUUGUUGGCUUCAAAAGAGUUUAUUGUCUGUUUGGGGGGUGUCGUGCAUGUUUGAUGCUAGAAAAGGUGUUCGUACAAUACUGGAGGCAUUUCAGCAUGCUUGUCUCGUAAGUGUAAAUAUAUCAGUAAAGUUUAAAUGAGAAUUUGCAAAUGUCUAUUUAAAUAUUACAUAUAUUUUGAAUUGUGUGUGUGACAGAGAAGAAAUUUGUUGAAGUACUUGGAGAGGCAAUCUGAAGGACGUGAUGUCUGUACUGUGCGGGGAGUGGUUUUAGCGCCAGGAAACUGAAAAGGAAGGUGGUUUUCAAUGAAAGGAAUUGUAAGUGGCGGAGUUGCGACUAGUCCAACGACACUGCCGUGCCGUGCUAGCACUCACUGUCGUGGCUUGAAUGGCAGCUGCCAAACUUUCCAAUGUCAAAGUGUCUUAACUGGAACAAAAUGUAUGAAGUGCCAAAGAUGUUCUUCACUUUAUGUAAGUUAUUUGUAAACAAGGUAAAUUGUAAGUAAUUAGUAAUACGUAAUGCAGAUAUCAAAAAUGUGUCGACAAAAUGAAUCCGAGUAUAACAAAUGCAGUUAAGUAGGUAAUCGUAAAAAAAAUUAGUAACUAAUGAUUAUAAGAGGAAAUGUUUGUCUGGUGAGAUUUUGUUUCAGUUCGCACAUUAUGUAAUUUGUAUAAAUUUUUUGUUUAAAAAAUAUACCGAGAUCAAAUGAGUAUUUUUUUUUUUUAUUCAGAAAUUUAUUUGUAUUAGUUUUUACGUUUAGCUAUGUCUUGUAGAUUAACAAUAUGUGUGUUGUGGUAAAAUGUUGUGUUCAAGGGUGUUAAAAUUAUUAGUUGUCAGGGGUGUGCGAAGACUGUUGUUUUGAAACAAAGUCUAAGAUUUUUAAAUAUUGGUCUGUAUUAAGAAAAUUUCAUAGAUACAAAUUUGAGUGCUUGAGUAGAUGUUUUAACAGCACUUUCUACAUACUACACACUUAAUAUAAAAAAGAACAAUGUGAGAAGCGUUUAGCAAAUUAAUUAGCAAACUGCCACUACUUGUAAAUAAAAAGAAAAAAUUGUACAAACAAAAAUUACGUACAUGUAACAGCAAGAUUAACUUUGGUAGCUACAUUGGAAAAGUAAACACAUUAAAAUUUAAAGCAGUUUUUUGGACAUAGGCUAACUGCAGUGGCGUAUGUCCAAAAAACUACAUUAAAUCAAAAUUCCCCAUUGCAUGAAACAUUUAAAGAACCAAUUAAAAUUGCUGCCUAUAACUAAGCUUCUUUUCAAAAGGAUUGAGUGCAAGCUAUUGUGUGAUUUCAAAACAUUUCAUUAGGAUUUUUUUUUUCUUAAAAGUGUAAGUACACAUUGCUAAAUAAACCAUCAUAAAAUGUGGUAUGUGUACGUACUUGGCAUGAUCUUACUCUUGUAAAAAUGUAUUGGCCAUUGCAGCUUUAUCUUUGUUUUUAGCCCUGUCUUCCCCAGAAGAGACGUCUAUUGCCAGCUCACAGAAACAUUUUUAAAAAAAUGUGUGUGUGGAGUCCACGUACGACAGAAGUGUAACUACAUGCUUAUUAGGUACAGAUAAAGAUAAAUUAUUAGAAUCUUUUAAUGAAACAAGUAAUAAUAAUUAAGAAUAUUAAGGAUGCAGGCAUGAUCUCAAAUUAAGAGUGGGGGGGGGAAGCCUUUUUCCUUGUACACUCACAUCCGUUCACUGCCACUUUUUUGCAUCUCUUUUAGCAGUUUAUUCCCACAUUGCCUUUGAAAAUGCCUCUUAUCUGCUUCUGCCUUUUUAUUAUUUUUAGGCAUGAAUUAAGAACACUAUCUCCAGAUGAAUAAAAUGAAAGAACAAAAAUACACUCCAAUCAAACAUAAAUUACACUUUAAGUCAAUCUCAGAAGUCUAUAACAACUUUCGACAAUUUAAAUCACAGUGUUCAAAUACCAAAAAUAAAUUACACUUAUAAAGCUUAAAUCUUUUUUUUUUACAAUCACACUAUUUACAUAAAUUCAAUGAUACUUAUAAAGUUAAUUGCACAAAUCAAUAACAAUAACUCUUUUCCACACAAAUAAAUAAAUUGUAGAUACUUUAAAUUAAAUAAAAGAAAUAUGGCAGCAUCAAUUGUUAGCCGUUACGAAAACUGAGUAGACAAACACAAGUGGUGUUACGAGAAUUCUGUAGCAUAACUGCUGUGUCAUUUCUUGCUCUCCUCUGCCAUCUCCCCUUCCGGCCGUUACAAUUAGCAUAUAGCAUGCUACGCUAUGUACCUAUACCCCCCAUCCUUUACUGUCACCCCUUUCGACCGCUAGUGCAUGCAUUGGAGUGGUGUUGCCACUGACGCACACUCCUCCCCCACCACAUACCUAACUAUUCCCCUCAUGCUGUCAAAUUGUAGCCCCCUCAGCAAAGAAGUUUCACUUAAAAAAUUUCUGAACCAUUGUUUGCCUUCAUGCAAUGUAAGUUACCAUUUUCUGUGUAUGUGUGCAAGAUGGGAGAAGAUGAUUGCCUGAGCUGUUAAAAGAUAAACAUCUCGCCUGCUAUUUACAGCAUUAGGGGGUGGGCCAUCCGGGUCUCCACGCAUCAUCUACCGGGAACAUGUGUUAUAACAUUUCAGGAUUGCAGAGUCCUAAUUAUCUGUGGUUGAGUAUUUUCUACCAGAUCUGUACAGUUAUCCAUCUCUUCAUUAUGUUUUGAAUGAAACUAAUCACCAGGUGGGCUUUGUUUGCAAAUAGUCUGCGUUCUCUUAACUGUUGGAUAAAGAUAAGAAAAAAUGAAACAUAUCAACUACAGAUCAUACUUAAAUUAAAUUUAACUAAACCUUUUUAAUAUGCUAAUAAUUUCAACUUACUUACAGUGUGUGUUGUUUUAAAGAUAUGCAUCAGGCCUUACCAUUAUCAGUGUCCUGACAGUUCUAACCUAUUUUUAUUGACACUACUGGUUCUCUUCCCAUCUAAAUGUGUUUAGAUAAUGGUGUUGGUUAUGUUCCUGAACCACUGCAUUAAACUGGGCUUCCACUUUUAUCUAUUCAUUUAAAAAAAAUCUUUGGAAACUUAAGUUUUUGAAUUGUUCCACAAAUGCAAGAAAAUUAGUCUUUGAUUAGACUUGAUUUCCAAAAGCUUUGCACACCCCUGUUAUUUGUAUUAAGUUUUGAUUUUGCCAUGUUGGUAUGUUUGUAAUUCACUUUGUGUACUGUUAAUCUAAUAUUUAUUACCCACAUCACUCCGAGACUUUUUUAAAUUAGGUACAUUAUAGAAUAUGAAUCUCAAAAUUGUAGAUCUAAAUUUUAAUUUUCACACCUCUUGACAGAAGUGUUGUAAGUGUCGCUGAGCAUGUUAAUUUAGUUGCAUGUGAAUAAUAUCAACUGUGUGUUCUAAAAAAAUAUUGCCAUGUUAAACAAAAAGAAGUGUAGUGUCAUACAUCACUCUAAAAUAUUUUCGCACCACCUGGAUUUCUUUGCUAGCAAGUGACCAACAGUUUACUGUGAACAGUGAAUGAAAGUAAAAAUUUAACAACACUUAAACACAAUUUUUACUGUACAAAUAUAAUGACCUAAGCAAAGUCCGAAAUCUGGAAAUUAUACCAUAACAUGCUUGCAAGAUAACUAGGUGGUGCAAAACUUUAUUUCGGUAGUGUGAGUGAAUGUUAAAGUAAACAUUUCAUCAAUAAUUUUCAGCAUAUAAUGCAGUUGGUUGUUCAGAAGUUUUAUUUCUAGUGCCCACUCUAAAUAAUUGUAAAUUCAUGAUAGAUUUUAAGACUUCAAUCAAAAGGCAAGGAACUAUUGGUGGUGAUAUGAAAAUUAACACCACUAUUUAAAUCGUGCUAUUCUACUCCCUGUCCCCUUUUUUAUUUUUUAAUGUGGUAUAAGCCUGUCAUAAAUCUUUUUUGUAAAUUAAAUAAAAUAUUUAUGGAGGUGUUAUUUUUGAAAACUGCAAUUUGAGACACAUUUGUUGGUUUCCAUGAAACGAGGAGAGAAAAUAAAAUUGAUUUGUUAAAUUCUGUAA